CACUGACGGGGCUGAUUGACAAAACCGAGAGGAUUGUAACGGAACAAUCGCCCCUAGUACUGAAGUUAGAACUUGGCGCCCGAACGCGGGGCAGGCAGAGGAAUGCACGGCCGGGAAUUUCGGGGUUCAGUGACUCCACAGAUUGCGCUGAGAGAGAAUCCAUUGGGUCGGGCGGGGGCUGUAAAGGAGAGCCCUCGGGGAGAAGGAGGCGACCCUCCCGCGGACCUGCCCCGUCCUGAUGGGCCUAGCUUCCAGAAUCCCGGACUAGAUGCCGCGCUCCCGAGACACGCGGCCAGGAAGGGCGGUAGCCGGCAGCCCCUGCCGUCGCUCCCCCCAUCCUCCACCAGACACCCCGCCCUGGACCCGAGAAAGCCCGCCGCGCUUUCGCCGCAACCACUGCUGUCAUCGCCGCUUCCGCCGCUGCUGGACUUCUUACCAGGCAUGGGUGACACGGUAGACUUUCAUGUGAGAAGCGUAACGAUUGGGUGGGAGCCUGGGGAAGUCAAGGAAUUUCGAAAUCUUAGAAAAGCGGUCGAUGAAAAGGGACCGAACUCUUCUUGGGCUCACAUCCUACUCCGUGGCCUGAACCACCGGCUUUGCACCGCACAGACGUGGAGGCGCGUAGGUCAGCUCCUGCUUGUUAGGAAAGAAUACCUGAAAUGGUGUGCCUCCUUUAGGAAUGCGUGCUAUGCCCAGGCUGAGAACUACCGAGCAGCCAAUCCCCCAAUCCCCAUCACCUUCGAAAUGAUGUAUGGGCCCACCAAUCCACAUGUUACUAACUUUCAACAGGUCCCUCUUCCUGCCCCCUGCCGGGGACGGGUGUGGGCCCUGGGGAUGUGGGCAUGGAGAUCCUUAGAGAGAGAGCCCCCAAAGACCCCAACACUAGAAGUUACUCAAGGGGCGGCAGAGGACCUCGCCUCCUUUGUCGAGAGGGUGGAGGGAAGUCUUCAGGAGAAGGUUCCUGGGUUCCAGCUGGACCAACUUGUCAGGUCCCUGGUGUGGGACAGAAUGAGCCCAGACCACAAACUAGCUUGUGCGGGAAUGAAGGAUGAGCCUCUAGAAAGCUGGAUAUUUGCCUGUCGGGAUCUCAGUACUCGGACCCGCCGGACACAGGCGCUGACUGCCUCGCUUGAUGAGGACCCCGCGCCUGCCGCGGCCAAUGAGAUGACAGGAGUAGGGGGCGAAGUUGAGAGUGAAGUAACUAGGAACCGGCUUGCCUGGAAUGAUCCGGAUGGUAAUAAGGGAGAAGUGCGUCCCCUGAUCAUGGCAGGCUUACCAGACAAUCUGCUGGGACGGGAUAGCUUAGAGAAGGCCGAGGCCAUGGUCUCCUCAGGCCAGGGCCCGUCAGUCUCCUGCAUGUUCAUCUCCAACCUUGUGAAAGCCAACCUGAAGCAGACUGUCGUGGCGCUCAGUGGAGCAUCCCUGCCCUCGUGGUGGGCCUACACAUGGGCUCUUUCUAGACUGCUGGAGCUCUGCUACUCCUCCCAGCUUUAUCUCUGA